AUGUCACAUAGCAAAAGAAACACGACUCGCCCCGUCUUCACUUCGUACGAAAGAGAGCAGGCCAAGUCGAACUGGAGCUCCAAAUCCGCACAGCUCAGCCGAGACUCUUUCCUGCCCUUUGGGUUCUGCAGUCUCUGCCUGGAAAACGCCCGAGAGCCCGUCGCGUGCCCUCGAGGCGACAUUUUCUGCCGCGAAUGCGCCCUGGAGAACCUCUUGGCACAGAAGAAGGAGCUUAAGCGGGCGGAAAAAGCACGCCAGAAUGCGGAGAAGGAGGCUGCCAGGAUCCGAGCCAUUGGCGACGACGAGGAGCGCGAGCGAGCCAUUCGCGACUUUGAACUGACCCAGGCUGGGUUGACGAAUAAUCAUGGCUCGGGCAAGCAACGUUCGAGUGCUGCGGCGGAGAGCGAAAAGGAAGAAGCUACUGUUCGCGCUGGGUCCAAGAGAAAGUUUGCCCUUGAUGCGGAUGAGCUAGAUCGGAUUGCGGAAAACGACAAGGCAAAGGCUAGGAAAGCAAUUGAUGAUGAAAAGGCUGCUAAACCAACACUCCCUUCAUUCUGGACACCUUCACUCACCCCGGAUGUGCAAAACAGUGGCUUGGCCCCCGUCGUAAAGAAGGCCAAAACGACGCCCACCUGUCCUGCUUCCGCAGAGCACGACGCACACCCCUUUUCUCUCCAGAAACUGCUGAAAAUCGAGUUCAACGAAACCACAGACUCGGCCACCAAGGAAGCGCGCAGAACCUGUCCUUCAUGCCUCAAGACCCUUUCCAACGCUUCCAGCCCGAUCAUGGCGGACAAGUGCGGCCACGUCCUGUGCUUCAGCUGCGUCAAGCAGUUUGUUCUUCGCUCGGAGAAGCUGCCAGCUCAAGAGGCAGAAACAAACAUUGCAUGCUUUGUUUGUAGCACCCCCGUCGCCGUCGUCACCAAACCCACCAAGAUUUCGAGCGCAAAGGACUCUUUGCCGACAGGGCUGAUCAAGUUGAAGUCAGAGGGGACCGGCUUCUCUGCUCGCGGUUCGCGUACUGUGGAAAAAUCAAGCGUUGCUUUUCAAUGUUGA